AUGGGUUCUGAUUUCUGCUCAGCCCCAGCUACUUCUGUGGAUGCAGAGCAAGCAUUCUCCACUGGUCACCAUCAGAUCAAUUUUACCCAGCACAAUAUCAACUCUCAAACAUUCAAAGCAGAAAUGGCUCUUGGAUCCUGGAUUAAAUCCCCCCUCUACCCAGGCUUCAAUAAAGUUACACAAAUGAUUGAAAAAAAGAUGGACAAUGAUUUCUUUUCCUCUUGA